AUGUCGCCCACACUCAAACCAUUCAAAACGCGCUUGACAAAACUAGGGAAAACCCUAGAGGAACUACUACGAGACUCCCAGCACUGGACAACUUACAUCCCGCCCAGGCUCGAUGAUGAAGAAGAGACUAUCGAUCAUCUUAUAGCAAAGAAAAGGACACUGAAACAACGCUUGCAGAAUAUACAAGCCGCGAAGUCGUCUCUAGAAAAUGCAGUAGCUAGCUUCGACGACGCCUUCAACAGAAUGGAACAGGAACAACAGGCGCAAGAAGAAGAUGCGUACGGAACUUAUACAGAGGCGGCUUGGGAGGCAAUCACGUCAGCCGAAGCAACGAUCGUCAAGAUGAGAGAGAAGGAAGUAGAAGUCGAAAAUACGCUGGAAAAUCUACAACGGACAUCCGUAAGGCGGAACCACGGAGAUGGGACCAAUGAAGUCCUAGCAGUGUCGUCGAGAGAAUCAAGACAGAGUUCACCUGCAUCGUCAAUACCAGUUCAAGUUCAAGCGUUCUUACCACGUCUACAGCUGCCUAAAUUCAGUGGAAAACGACAAGAAUGGGAUUCCUUUUGGGCUACAUUCAAGUCAAGCAUCGAUGAUCAGCCUCUUAGUCAAAUGAUGAAGUUCAAUUAUUUGCUACAGGCGCUAGUCGGAGAAGCCCGACAAACAGCAGCACAAUUCGAAAUGAUCGAAGAAAACUACCAGAUCGUCAUCGAUUUUUUGAAGAAGAAAUAUGGCUCGGACAGCCUCAUAAUCGAAGAACUACUAGCACACCUUGAACAAAUUCGUGCCGAGGGAGCCAGCACAAGGCAACAAGCCAAUUUACUAGAACGGAUUACAGCACUGUUGAUGCAGUUAUCUACAAAAGGCCAGGAUAUUAACCACCGCUUGAUUUUAAACAUGGUAUUGAGAAAAUUCAAUGCGGACAUACAAACUAAAGCGCUAGAAAAGCGCGACUUUAGAGGAUAUCAACCAAUGGACCUGGCAGACAUUACGUCAACAUCUCUCGGUCAUCAUUGA